AUGAGACAUGUCAACAAAACGAAUUAUGGGAAGAAAGUGGACCUUACAAAGUCACAGAACAGUGGGAACGAAGUGGGCCGUGCCAACGGACAGAACGGUGGGAACGAAGUGGACCCUGCAAACCACCAGGACAUAAUAUGUGAACGACCAAGACGGGACCAACCAGAUUCAUGGCAACGUACGGAACCAUGCGUACCAAGAUUUCCAUGCGACCAAAUAUCUACAGGUGAAAGAACUAAACCAUGCCAGCUCAUAGGACAAUCCCAAAGAGCAGAUCCAUACGGGCCAAGAACACCGUACGAAAGACCAUACACAGGCGCAGCAAUAGAUCCUUACCAACAACAAGGACCAGGGGAACGAGCAUACACGUACGAACGAACCAGACCAGAACUAUAUCAACAAGGACCAUAUAAUCGGCAGGAAUCAUCGGAACAACGAGUUCUAUAUGAAAGAUCGUAUCUAGGAAAAGAAAUUGUACCGUGCAAGCCAACCGAACCUUGUGAUAGAUAUACAAGAGAUCAGUUAAACCCAUGUGCUCAACCAGAACCAAAAUUGACAAGGGAACAAAUAAACCUAUACGUUCAACCAGAGCCAUGUCAACCAAGACGGCCAUGUGAACGAACAUAUACAAGAGAAGAAAUAAGUCCGAGUACUCGACCAGUACCAUGUGAACCUAGACUGCCAUGCGAUAAAACAUAUGCCAGAGAAGAAAUAAACCCUGGUGCUCGACCAGAGCCAUGUCAACCAAGACGGCCAUGUGAACGAACAUACGGUAGAGAUGAAAUUAGUCCUAGUACUGGACCAGUACCAUGUGAACCUAGACUGCCAUGCGAUAGAACAUAUGCCAGAGAAGACAUAAACCCUGUGGCUCGACCAGAGCCAUGUGUACCAAGACGGCCAUGUGAACGAACAUACGGUAGAGAUGAAAUAAGUCCAAGUAUUCGACCAGUAACAUGUGAACCUAGAUUCCCAUGCGAUCGAACAUAUGCAAGAGAAGAAAUAAGCACAAAUUUUCGAUCAGAACCAUGUCAACUUAGACUGCCAUGUGCACGAACAAGAGAAGAAAUAAGUCCUAGUACUCGACCAAUACCAUGUGAACCUAGAUUGCCGUGCGGUCGAACAUAUGCCAGAGAUGAAAGAAGUCCUAGUGCGCCACCAGAACCAUGUCAACCAAGGCGGCCAUGUGAACGAACAUACGGUAGAGAGGAAAUAAGUCCUAGUACUCGACCAGUACCAUGUGAGCCUAGACUGCCAUGCGAUAAAACAUAUGCCAGAGAUGAAAUAACCUCUAGUGCUCGACCAGUACCUUGUGAGCCUAGACUGCCAUGCGAUCGAACGUAUGCCAGAGAUGAAAUAACCUCUAGUGCUCGACCAGUACCUUGUGAACCUAGACUGCCAUGCGAUCGAACAUCUGCAAGAGAAAACAUAAACCCGUAUGGCCCACAACCAUGUCAACAAACUGGACCAAAUGGAAUGGAAAGGAGAACAAUAAAUAAUAAUACACCAUACUGCCAGCAGCUACCUGACAAGGUUCAGCAAUUGGUGUUUAUUAGACAUCCUCAAGCACAGGUACCUGGUGGGCCCUCAGCUUCGAAUAAACUCAUCCUAACCUACAAGUAUCCUCCCCAAAAUACGCAGCAUCCAGGAGCUAUGAGGCAACCACCUGACAAAAUUUUUGUAUACUACAAAAAGCCUUGUGACGGCACGUGUAAAAACAAGUUAUAUACCGCUGCAAAUCCAGCGACAACUAGAAUGCCUAGAAGUGCUACCAGACUAAAACCAACAAACCAACCACAAGCCAUAGCCACUAGCAAUGAAGCAUUAUAUGAAGCAGAAUGUCUAAAACAUUCAGGAAGAUUAAAAGAAUCAAAGGAAGAUGGUUCACGUGUUCCUGGAGUCAAAUGUAGUUGUAGCGGUGGGGUUAAAUUAGAUAAAAAAUCGAAAUGUGCUUGCGAUACUGAAACUGAUAAAAAAACAAAAAAAGAAAAUUCGAAAUCUAAAGUUAAAUGUGCUUGCGAUACAGAAACUGAUAAAAAAUCAAAAAAAGAAAAUUCGAAAUCUAAAGUUAAAUGUGCUUGCGAUACUGAAACUGAUAAAGAGUCAAAAAUAGAUAAAUCAAAAUCUAAAAACGAUUGUUCUUGCGAUAUUGAAUCUGAUAAAGAAACAAAAUACGAGUCAAAAAUAGAUAAAUCAAAAUCUAAAAACGAUUGUGCUUGCGAUUCAAAUAAAAAUGCAAUUGCACAAAAUUCAGACACAAAGGUUGUUGAAAAUAACCAGAAAUUAGACAAGAAGCAAUCAAAAAAAGGUAAAUCAAAAUCUAAAAUCAAAUGUGCUUGCGAUGUAGAUGAACAAACAAACGAACCAGCACCGUGUGGAAACGAAUCGUGUGACGCUAAUGCCUGUAUCUGCCGCUUACCGCCGGCCUAUAAUCAAUACCAUGCUUGUACUGGACAGAUAAGCGGGAAUUGCUAUUGUGGCAAAAAUAACUAG